CUGAUGUUACUUGUUCUUGGUAAAACAUGACCAUCUUACAUCACACGCUAAUCCGAUCGCCAUUUUCACCAUGUUUCGCCAGCGGCAUGUGGCGUAAGUCCCUGCAAUGUACUGGGACAUGCUGUAGCUGCAUGGAUCACUAGGAACCCAUUCCUUCCUGAUAUAUCAACUCUCAAAUCUUCAAGGCGUCUCAGUUACCCGAGAUCUAUAGAAGCACACAACUUCGUCAUGCAAUAAUCUUGAGAUGGUCAUCAUGGUAUUUUCACUUCAACCCGGUUCAACGACUAGUGCAGGCGCCGUGUAUAAGAGUGGAGCGGCCGUCCCUUCGCCUGUUCCCUUAUUUACCUUAUCUCCAAAGGAUGAACAGCAAUUCAGAUAUCAAGUCGCGAGUUAACUAUGCAAUCAACCAAGAGGUUGAAGUCCGGAUCCGGGCAAAUGUCUGGGUAGUAGGAAUUAUAGUCGGCAUCCUUGAAGUCGCAAAAAGGUGUACCCGCUCUGCGUAUAGAAUUGUCUAUACGUCGGAGGACCAACAACAUACCGCGCAAUUCGAGCCGGAGGACGUCCGUCCAAAGGAAAACACGAAAGACUCCGAGCAGCGAAAUGUCCCUCCUUGAGUAUGCCGCAAUGUGUUUAGUUGAUUCCCUCAUUUCUCCUCCGAAAAGUACUAUUUACCUUGACAUGCUCAAUUUGUUUCAAUACAUUUACUUCAAUGGACGAAUUCGCGUGCUU